AGCCAAGCCUGGUCCAUAACCAAACCGAGUUUACUGAGGCCGAGGCAGUCGGGUUUGACCCUUUUCCCACUCUAGCCUUUGCAGUACGCAAAACAAGCCGGCAGCCGCAGACGUCCGUCGCGUGCAUUCACACGCACAAGGAUGGGAGAGGAGGAGCACUCAGUAGAACAGAACCCCCAGGAGAUGAUGUUAGAUAACAUUGAAGCUUUGCUCGAGGCUGCUAGAUAUGAUGAUAUUGAUGAUGUCAAAAGCAUAGCAUCUGCUGGGUUGUCUUUAGAUUCUAAGGAUUCGCAAGGACGCACAGCAUUGCAUAUGGCUGCAGCCAAUGGACAUCUUGACAUCAUAGUAUAUCUCCUCCGCAAUGGAGUGGUGAGAGAGCCUUGAUAUCUGAGCUAACUUGAAUUUUGGUUGUUUAUUGAAAGAUACUCUUGUGGUGGAUUGGUUAACUUUUUCUCUCUAGAUAACCUAGUCACGAA